AUGCAGAACAAAAGACGGGACAAGAGCUUUGCAAGCACUAUGCAGCUCUAGAGGGGUUUGGGCAGGAAUACAAUGGAUUAAUAUAAGAUUAAGAGCAGCACUGUGAAGAUUCCUCCAAAGAAGAAAUCAGAAUUCAGUGUUUCAAAGCAUUUGGAGACUGCCACAGGAUUGGAUGCAAGCAUACACUGCCCCAUCAUGGAGAAGCUUGAGAACAUUCAUCCAAACAGGCAAGUAAUCGCUUCUAUUUUUAUGAUGGUACUGGUUCAGGUUUGCAGUGAGCCAACAACUCGGUACUCUGUCUGGGAGGAAUCAGAGAGUGGCUCCUUUGUAGCCCAUCUGGCCAAGGAUCUGGGCCUGGGAUCUGGGGAGCUGGCUGCCAGGUCUGCACGGGUGGUGUCUGAUGAUUACAAGCAGAGAUUGCUGCUGGAUCCUGAGACUGGGGAUUUGCUUCUGAGGGAGAAAGUAGAUAGGGAAGAGCUGUGUGGCUCUGUGGAUCCCUGUGUGCUGACUUUCCAGGUGUCAUUUGAAAAGCCAGUGCAAUAUUUUCAAGGAGAAUUAUUGAUCCAGGAUAUAAAUGACAACUCACCAGAAUUCCCAGAUAAAGAAUUGCUCUUGAAAAUACUGGAAAACAGCCAGCCAGGAACACGGUUUUCAUUGAAAUUAGCCCAGGAUUUGGAUGUGGGCAGCAAUGGGCUUCAACAAUACACAGUCAGCCCCAAUUCUCAUUUUCAUGUCCUCACUCGAAAUAACAGUGAAGGCAAGAAAUACCCAGAGUUGGUGCAGGACAGAGCCCUGGACAGAGAGGAGCAGGCAGAGCUGAGCUUAACCCUCACAGCUCUGGAUGGUGGGUCUCCACCUAGUUCAGGAACAACCCUGGUUCGAAUCCUAAUCGUGGACAUCAAUGACAAUGCUCCUGAGUUUGUGAACAGCCCCUAUGAGGUGCAGGUCCUGGAGAGCAGUCCUCCCAACUCCCCAGUCCUGACUGUCUUAGCACGGGAUGCAGAUGCUGGCAACUUUGGGAGCGUUUCCUAUGGUUUGUUCCAAGCAUCAGAUGAAAUCCAAAAAACUUUCUCAAUAAACAAAGUCACAGGAGAAAUUAGACUGAAAAAGGAAUUGGAUUUUGAAAAAAUUAAAUCUUACCAUGUGGAAAUUGAGGCCACGGAUGGAGGAGGCCUUUCUGGAAAGGGCUUUGUAACGGUAGAGGUGUUGGAUGUGAACGACAACGCCCCUGAGCUGACCAUGUCUUCACUGACCAGCUCGGUCCCAGAAAAUGCUCCUGAGACUGUAAUCAGCAUCUUCAGAGUUGGAGACAGGGAUUCCGGAGAGAACGGAAAGGUGGUUUGUUCUAUUCCAGAAAGCCUGCCCUUCACUCUAAAAUCCACUUUCAAGAAUUUCUACACUCUGGUGACAGACAGCCCUCUGGACAGAGAGAGCAGAGCUGAGUACAACAUCACCAUCACAGUCUCUGACAUGGGCACACCCAGGCUCACAACCCAGCACACCAUAACAGUGCAGGUGUCCGACAUCAACGACAACUCCCCCGCCUUCACCCAAACCUCCUACACCAUGUUCGUCCAUGAGAACAACAGCCCCGCCCUGCACAUAGGCACCAUCAGUGCCACAGACUCAGACUCAGGCUCUAAUGCCCACAUCACCUACUCGCUGCUGCCAUCCCAAGACCCACAGCUGUCCCUCGCCUCGCUCAUCUCCAUCAACGCAGACAAUGGCCAGCUGUUCGCGCUCAGGGCACUGGACUAUGAGGCCCUGCAGGCCUUUGAAUUCCAUGUGGUCGCCACAGACCGAGGUUCACCCAUGCUCAGCAGCCAGGUGCUAGUGCGUGUGCUUGUGCUGGAUGACAAUGACAAUGCCCCCUUUGUGCUCUACCCACUGCAGAAUGCCUCUGCAUCUUGCACUGAGCUGCUACCCAGAGCUGCGGAGCCAGGCUACUUGGUCACCAAGGUGGUGGCAGUGGACCGUGACUCUGGCCAGAACGCCUGGCUAUCAUUUCAGUUGCUCAAGGCCACGGAGCCCGGGCUGUUCAGCGUGUGGGCCCACAAUGGCGAGGUGCGCACCACCAGGCUGCUGAGCGAGCGCGAUGUGCCCAAGCACAAGCUACUGCUGCUGGUCAAGGACAAUGGCGAUCCUCCGCGCUCUGCCAGUGUCACACUGAAUGUAUUGCUGGUGGAUGGCUUCUCUCAGCCCUACCUGCCUCUGCCAGAGGUGGCGCGGGAUCCCGCGCAAGAAGAUGAGAAUGUGCUUACAUUGUAUCUGGUCAUUGCCUUGGCUUCUGUGUCUUCUCUCUUCCUCCUGUCUGUGUUGCUGUUUGUGGGGGUGAGGCUGUGCAGGAGGGCCAGAGAGGUCUCUCUGGGUGACUGCUCUAUGCCCGAGGGACACUUUCCUGGCCACCUGGUGGAUGUUAGUGGAGCAGGGACCCUGUCCCAAAGCUACCAGUAUGAGGUGUGUCUGAGGGGCGACUCUGGGACUGGUGAGUUCAAGUUCCUGAAACCCAUGACCCCCAAUGCUGGGAUAGAAAUUAUGGAAAGUCCCCACUACAGGGAUAGCUUUGUAUUCAACUAAGUAUUCUAAAUGGUCCAAUGAAUCUUAAGAAUUAAUACACUUUUAUAUAGAUAUGCUAACUAGCUUUAAAAAAAACUACUACCUUGUGUGCAUGUCUCCAACAGCUCUCAUUUUUUCCUAUUCAUAUUAAACAUGCUUAGGCUGUCAUUAUACCACAUCUUAAGUAUGGGUUUUUUACACAUUCAGUGUCUUUGGUGACUAAUAUUCUCAUAACUACAAAUCACUCAAGUAGCAUAGAAUUUCUUCAAAUGACUUUAAUUCUCAUAAGAAAGUUUGAAUUUCUGUAUAAUUAUGACACUGGUUUUCACUGUAUCUUUUAUCUUUUUAAGGUUAGGAUGCUUAGAAUUUUAUGUGGCCUUAGCAGACUUAUUUUUCCCAAAUCAUGUCAAGAUGGACUUUAUUAGAACACUCAUUUGUGUCACUUGUAUAGACAUCAUAAAUGUUAGUGUUUGUUUUACUUUUGUUUCUUGCAAGUGUUUUAAAAAUACUAAGGCUAAAAAUUUCCAUUAAUUAUAUUUUAAUGAAAAUGAAAGAGACCUUUUUUACAAUUUGUCAUCCCUUUCAUGAAAUAAAACUGUUAAUCCAUUGCUAAGCAUGAUUUUUUUUUCAAAAAGCAAAAUCCAAAUCCAAGUAUUCAGAGGUAAUAAAGCAGCAGACUGAUCCUUUCUUACCCACUUGUCAGAAGCUACAGCAUAAAGUUGCGCUGCAUUUCCCUGUAGCUUGCCCUAUCAUCCAAUAGAAAAAACUUCUUCUGCAUUCUGACAGUCUUGUUCAGAGCUUGUUAUUGUGACAUA